ACAGCAAUUACCUUCUGUAGAGCUUCUUGCUUUUAACCUGGGCACUUCCGGAGAGUUGCUAUACUCUUCCCAGCAAGUUGAGCCAGUCUGUCGGUCAAAUAAUGAAGCUUCUCUACCCCUUGCUGCAUUCAAAACACAAUUAUUAGACCCAACUCCUUCAGAGAUCAAUAAUCAUCUCACACAAAUUGUAACCCAAUCAAUGGACAGGAUGCAUUCAGCUCUAGUCGCUGAUCCAUUAAAGAAUGAGUUGGACAGAUUACUUGGAGAAUCAGAGCAAACCAUGAAACACCAUAAAGAGACGAAAUUGCGGCUCAAAUCUGAUGGUGAGAGAGAAAUUGAGGAAGUUCACAGGAAGUAUGAUAUCAAGUUACAGGAGAAUGAGCUUGAGUUUCAACAAAGAAAGAAGAACCUGGAUACACGUCUAAGCUUAGUUCUCAUGAACAAGUUAUGGGCAGAGGCUUUUAGUUCUAAAUGCAUGGAUCUUGAAGUAUUUGGGGUACCAGAGAUUCAGCAAGACUCAAGUUUUAAACAGCAAAGUGAUACAAGGCCUUCUUCUACCCUUGCUGCAAGUCCACCUCAUGGGCCUCCUGCAUCUAACCCGCAACAUUUCGCCACUGCUGCUAUCUCUCAGACCAUGGUGCCACCUCCUGCAUCCAGCAUGCAGACAUUCUCUGCUCCAGCAAGCUCACAGAUUUUGGUGACACCUGUGCCUACUGCGGCUAGCUCUUCACCGUUGGUGCCACCUUUGCCCACUACAACUCGCUUACAGACCAUGGCGCCCCCUCAACUGGCUGCUUACAAUGCACCUCCAAGGCCACCCUGCAACAACUCCAUUCCUCAAUCGGCAAACCAUCAAGCUGGUACAGGGUUAUGCGCCACUCCGCACCAUCUCUAGCCUUAUAGACCCUCGACAUCUUUGCCUAAUUCUUGUCUCCCUGCUCCUGCACGUGACGUGUGGAGUAAACAAGCUCCUAAUAGCAUUCCUACAAUGACCUCAUUACCUAACUAUGCUCGACCCACACUUCCAACCAAUAUAUCUUAUCCUCAUAAUAGGGUUCAACGGCCGGAAAUUCCUUCAAGGUUACCCAGGCCUAGCUUCUCAGCCAGGGAGCCAAAAGAAGGAUGGUAGUUGUCAAGUGGGCAUGAAUCUGCCAAAUACUCUGUUAUGUUCAUCAAAUGUGACAUCAUUGCAACAAUCUCGAAUUUGG